GGAAAGAAAUCACUUUUAAGCGGAUUCUCUUGAACAAUUGCCAGGAGGCAUUUGAAGGUGCUGGCAAUCUGAGGGCAGAAAUUAGCAAGUUGACUGGUCCUGAACAAGAAAUGGAACGCAGGGAUAAGGAACGAUUGGUUAAGCUGCGAACUAUGGGGAACAUGCGCCUUAUCGGGGAACUUUUGAAGCAGAAGAUGGUGCCUGAAAAGAUUGUCCACCAUAUUGUUCAGGAAUUAUUGGGCAAUGACAGUAAAACUUGCCCAGCAGAAGAAAAUGUCGAGGCAAUAUGUCAAUUUUUCAACACCAUAGGCAAGCAACUGGAUGAAAACCCAAAAGCUCGGCGGGUUAAUGAUGUUUAUUUCAGCAGGUUGAAGGAGUUGACAACAAAUCCACAUCUUGCACCACGGUGUAGGUUCAUGGUUCGUGAUGUUCUUGAUCUUCGGGCUAACAGCUGGGUCCCUAGACGUGAAGAGGUUAAUUUUCCAUUUUAUUGAUUAAUUUGCGUUCUGUUAAUGAUUUUCUUUUGAAGAGAUGUCAUCUCACAUGUUAAAUAAUACACAUAUAGAAAUAUCUUAAAUUGGUAUAAUAAUUCUUUUGUGGGGAGUAUAGAUCAUAAAAAA